CAUUACACGUAUAACUCUCGGGGCAGUCUACCAAGAAGAAAUCACAAUGGCGAAUUUUGACGGUACCAGCUCGUCUCCUCUUCUGAAAUUGGCAAAGCAACCAGGUAGUCGUUACAAUGGAGGCCCAUUUCGAGGGACGUAUCCCACGAUUGGCCUUCCUCCAGGAUCGUCAAGUCAAGAGCUGCUUUUUCACGUGGUCUCCAGUGAUCAAACCGGGCCUGAUGGGAAGUCGUUUGAACUUGUAUCCUUGGUGCCAAAAGAUUGGGUAGAUGUAGAUUUCAAAUAUUUUCUUCAUCCCCAUCCUGACUUUAAUGUCAACGGACUCUACACUUGGGAAUGGCUUUUGAUUAAUUUCAAAAAGCGCAGGUACCCUGAGCUGACUUUUGUAGAAUACGACAUAAUGGAUCUUACCACUGAAUGCCCUGUUCCUUAUGAAGAAGCUGAGAAUGAAAUUAGUAAAGUUUUAAACACCUUGCAAGAAACUCAGCUAGGAAGCAACGAGAGCCUCGAAUCCUGGGAACGACCUCCGAAAGAGCUCUCUUUUUGCUCUAAUUAUGAUACAAGUUCGCACGCCCUUAUGCAGCUAGCGAAAAGAAUGGAUAACUCCAAAAACUUGUCUAGAAGCUUUUCUGCAAGUACUCCUAAUAAUAGACCUGGUUCUGGUAGCAAGCCUUUUCCUACUACUUGUGGAAAUAUUGCGAAAAAGCCUCGAACAAUUGUCAGUAAGAAAGGAGCAGCAUCAAAGGGAACGGACGAUGAGCGAAAUUCUACUCAUAGUAGAAAUCAAUCCGUGAUUUCUCUUGACAGUGAACCGAACGCAAGUUCUAAUCGUAAAAAUUCCGAAACGAGAUUUACGGGAGUAACGGCUUUAGAAAAACGAAAUAGUGUUUCCAAUGGUGAGACCGGAAUUGCAGUUCAGAACAAUAUUCCAACAAACACUUCUGAUGAUGCAGCUUGGAAAGCCCAAGUGUUGCAGGGCAUAAAUGCCACUAAUUCAUUACUGAAGCAUUUGAUUCCGUCAAAAAAAUUUAUAGAAACAUGUCUCGAUAAAAACAUGGAUCACUUUCGGAAAACGGUAGACCGAAACUUAAGUCUUCCUUUGAACCGGUUAGAAGACGUCAUGAUACUCAACACUGCUCUAAUUGAUUUGGAUCUAUCCGUUAGUCUGUGCGCGGUCCAAAUUACGGAUCUCGGUCACAUUUCGUACUGUUCAACUUUAGCUAAAAGAAUAAUGGAAUGCUUGAUCACAAGCGCAUUGGAGAACAUAAUAUUAUUUCUUUCAAUACCAAUAGUGAAUUGA